AGGAGCGCGAGGGUGAGGGCGCGUGCGGCAUUUUGUCGCCUCAGUUGGCGAACAUGGCGGCGUUCGGUGACUUUGACUGAGUUGCGUACGUUUAAAAGACCAACAGGGUCGUCUAGUUACCUCCAGUGAAGGUUAAUAAAACCGAUUGGAGACCAUUUUAUGAGCCACAAUUCGGUUUAGACUUUUCAGGAAGUCCUUAAGCUGCUUUUUCUUCCUCCAUGUUCAUUAUCACGAUGGCGUUGUUGUUGUUAUAUAACCUGUUUACAGCUCGGUUCCAGGACUCUGGAGUUCAUGUGUGUAUGUUCGGUCUGGCUAUUUUGAAAGAAAAUAUUUCGUUUUUCGACUGUCUGUCUUCUUUUUUUGGUACUUGAAGGAAUGUGGCAGAUGGUGAGAUGGUCUCACUCUCUCUCACACACUCGCACCCCUCCCCCCUCUCAGGUGGCAGAGCUGGUUGUGGACAAUUGCCGCUCAAGUGACGGAGAGAUCGAGGGCCUGACGGAUGAGUUCAAGGAACUGGAAUUCCUCAGCAUGGUUAACGUUGGUCUCACAUCCCUGGCCAUGCUGCCAUCACUGCCCAAACUGAGGAAGUUGGAGCUGAGUGACAAUAACAUCUCAGGCUCUUUGGAGAUACUUGCAGAGAAAUGCCCUAAUCUGACGUACCUGAACCUGAGUGGCAACAAGAUUAAAGAACUCAGCACAGUGGAAGCUCUGCAAAACCUGAAGAAUCUGAAAAGCCUGGACCUUUUUAACUGUGAGAUCACAACACUGGAGGAGUACAGGGAGAGCAUUUUUGAACUGCUGCCUCAGGUCACAUACCUGGAUGGCUUUGAUGCAGAGGACAACGAAGCUCCUGACUCGGAGGAUGAUGGUGAUGUUUGUGGUGGCUCAGAGGAUGACGAGGAUGGUGAGGAGGGAGCUGGACCUGUUGGUGAUUAUGAUGAUGAUGAGGAGGAGGAGGAGGAAGAGGAGGAAGAAGAAUCGGAGAGUGGAGAGGUUGGGCUAUCCUACCUGAUGAAAGAUGAUAUUCAGGAUGAGGAGGAUGACGAUGAUUAUGUAGAAGAAGAACAGGAGGAGGAAGGUGAGGAAGAGGAGGCAGAAGUUCGGGGGGAGAAAAGGAAGAGAGAUGCAGAAGAUGAGGGUGAAGAUGAUGAUGAUGACUAAGCCCAUGUGUCUGAACAACUUUGAAAAGUGUGUGGUCUUGCAGAUUGUUUUUCUCCUAUACCAUAGAUAUAUCACUGUAGAGGCUAAAUGUUUUCUUUUGAUAAAUACAUAAUAUACUAUAUAAAGGGGGUUUAUUGAUAAUUCAUUUAUAGCCAUUCCGAGUUUUUGUCCCAGCAUGAGAAUCUCAUUAUUGUGGCUGAGUGGUGGGAGGGGAGAGGUCUGUUUUGGUGCAUCUCCACAUCGUUCCCAGAGGACACUGGGACAUAAAUACUGGUAGGGGAAUUGACGCGGCAACCUUGGUCUGUCAGGCGUAAACUCGGCCAGUUAGCUCGUGCUCAACCCGACAGUGACUUUCCCCAAGAGCUUCUCCAAGAGUCGGCCUGCUCCUCAUCUACCUCUCCGGGCAGCCUCAGUCUCGGCCCACUACGGAGCAUCGAGCCAGUGAUGUGAUCUCCAGCUAGCAGCACUCAUGGUCCAGGAUCAACCAAUCCAUGAAGAUGAUAUUGUCCAGGGCACUAUCUUCGUAAGGGAUGCCUCCUCUUGAUUCACCUUAAGCCAGUCUUGUUCAAAUAGACAGCCCAGAUUGUGAUGUAUGUAAAUGUGAUGUAAAUUAACUGAAAAGCAAGGGGAGGGGGUUGGGGUGCAGUGUAGUAUAAAUGUUUUGACAGGAUUAUAAUCUAUUUUAAUUGGAGCUGGUCUUUUUUUCCAUGUUGAAAUGAACAUAAACCAUUUAAUAAGCAUUUCACCUUCCCUUCUAUAUUCUAUAGAAUUCAGUUAUCUUUUGUCUGUAGCAAAGUUUUAUUUUCUUUUAAGAGGUGACAUUGCUGGGAAAUUUCUCAUAAUGAUCAGGUUUAAUGGCUUUGUUGGAUUAAUUAGUACCCUUUUGAAGUUUUAUUCCUGUGUCUUGGUGUGGAAACGGGUUAGUUUAUAUCUUUUGUGGGGGAUAUUUUACAGAAUAGUACCUUUAAACUAAUGUUCGUAUGGCAAUAUGUACAGUAUAUAGCAUAUGUUCCAACUGGUCAAUGUUUGUGAGUUUGUGUUUGGGUUUUUUUUUUGUUUGUUUUUUUGUUUUCUUUUUAAACAAAGCUGUUUGGUUAAUUGUUUUUAAUACAAACUAUGUCCGAGAAAGUCCCUAUAUGUGGGUCUCCUGUGUUAUUUUUCAGUACUUGGGUGUGUUUCUGGGUAUGUGAGAAAUUUUCUUUGUUUUUAAUGCUUUCUUUCUUUUUUUUUUUUUUUGUUCCUGUCUUAUUUCCCCAUUUUUUAGAAAAAAAAUAAACAAAAAAUGCGAUUUGAGAUGA